UCUCACCGACAUAUCCAUAUUUGGUGUUCGACCGCCCCUCCCUUUGGAUUAAUCAUUCUGUGAUCUCGCUGUCAAGAACGAAGCGCUCUCCCGCGCAUCAUGGCUGUUUAAAGGCGUGCAGCGGCUUACUUCGCAUCGGCAAAAACACGGCAGUGCAGCGGCGAAUUGCAUUGGCUUUUUCUGGCAAAAUGGCGUCUCUUUCGACAUCCACCCUCAGCUUUGCUGCAGUCGACAGCAGGACCUACCCUCUGGAAACCCAGACGAUAUCACGUUUAUUCCCCCACACACGACUACCACUGACCACUGGACAUGGCCUUGAUGACAGUGCCGGUCCCGGAGGACGUGGGGGCCCUGUUCUUAGGGCCCUCGUUUCUGACGGCUGACCCCAUGGUUCCCCUUCUGGACCAAGAUGAAGAGGAAGCUCUCUCUCUCUCCUCCGCCUUAGAGGAGAGUUCAACCGCUUCACCCUCCCCCACUUUGUCUUCCUCUCUCUCCCUGUCCCCUUACCAAGCUCUCUGUCCCUCGCCUCUCUCCUCCUCCUUCUCCCCUCCUGCCUCUCCCCUCUCCUCCCCCUCCUCGUUCCUCGAGCCCAAGGUGGGUGCUGACGCCCUGUCCUUCCCCUGGCUGGGGGCUGCGGAGCUGCUCCACGCGCACGUUGGAGCAGACGUCAGCAGGGAUGACACCUUCCCUGGGAUGGACUGGAUGGCAGAGAAGAUUGACCUCAUUGACUUUGACCUGGAUUCCCUAAUGGGCUCAUCAGACGAGCCUCCCAGCUCCCCAGAGGACCUCAUCGCCACCCUGGACUCCCAAAUGGAUCUGGAUGUCCACAACUUUGACUCACCCAUCGUCUCCCCGCUCGACGCUCUCGCCCUGCCCCUACCGCUCCCCGAUCUGGUCCCUCUCCCACUGGAGCCCCCACCCGUCACUCUGACCGUCUCUCCAAAUGAGGAGGAGGAGCAGCAGGCGACGCUGAUGGUGAAAACGGAGCCCCUCUCGCCGCCUCCCUUUAGCCACCUGGAGCUUGGUAGCGAGGUUGAUGUGUUAGAAGUGGAGAAGAAUGCCCCGACCCUCAACGCCAACGUGAUGCCCUUCCCCACCGGCGACCUCCCAACCACCACCACCACCACCACCUCCUUCCUGGUGUCCCUCACCACCGCCGGGCCCUACAUGGUGCUGCUCACCGCUAAAGCAGAGCCUUUCCAGGAGUCCCCCAAUGACCAGACCUUUGCUGCUCAGGAGGCCUUCCCCCCUGAUGAGGCCUCCCCUGGGACCAGCGACUGCGACAGCGACUCUGGCAUCGAGUCGGCCUCCAGCAGCCCCCCUCGGAUCUCCUCCCCGUCUCCUUCCUCCCCGUCCUCGGCCGGUUCCUCCAGGACCAAGCCGUACUCCAGGCCGGAGGCCGCCAGCGCUGCAGGCGGUGCGCCCCCCAGGGUGGUGGAGAAGAAACUGAAGAAGAUGGAGCAGAACAAGACCGCGGCGACGCGCUACCGCCAGAAGAAGCGGGUGGAGCAGGAGGUGCUGAGUGGGGAGUGCGACGAGCUGGAGACAAAGAACCACGCGCUGGCGGAGAAGGUUGACGCGCUCAGCCGCGAGAUCAAGUAUCUCAAGGACCUGAUGGAGGAGGUUCGCAACGCAAAGAACCGGCGCAGCAAGACUGUCUCCGCCUGAGUCGCCACCACCUCCUAACCCGGCUAGUGGUGUAGUCUGUGGGUUCCUGAGGUCAAGUCACAGUUCUGCGGCUGUUGUAGAAAGAGAUCGGCACGUGUACGCUGGAUUUAGGGUUCCAGGUAGCCAAGAGCAGUUGGUGUGCAUGGCAAGAGAUUAAGGAUGUCGAUGAGAUUAGGGACAUUGUGCUAGUCUAUCGGAUUAGAGAUAUCGAUGAAAUUAAUCUUGGAGGGACUAGGGCUGUGAGGUUUUACGGUCGCUCAGUCCGCUCCAGUAGACCCACAUAACAUCUAGGUGUACUUGCAGUGAUGUGUAGGAACGUGUAUAUCCUGGUCGUUUUACUAUGCUAACCCGACAAUCACUAGGCACACAGAUGGCAAACGGCCAUUACCAAGUCAAGAUUUUAAGUAUUUUAAUUAAUUUGUCACAUGAUCAUACAGUGCUGUGAAAAGUCCAAGAGGCCGUCGUACUUUGCAGACCGCCGACGUAAUAAAACAUUCUCUGAAUAAAUUCCACCUUCAACCACCACCCUUUUGACUCACCCCUCAAUUGUUUCCUGCUGUUGUGUCACCCACACCCUCAGCCCACCACCCAUUUCCACCUUCCUCGGAGCAGCUUUGUCCAGAAAGGGGCCACGUUUAUUUAUGAAUUGUUACGCAGCACUCCUGUUUACCUGUUUUGUAAAUGGACGCUCUUCUUGCUUACUGAUCAUUUUAUUCUUUGUUUUACUUUUGACUAACUCCUGAUUGUUUUUUUCGGUUUUUAAGUGUUUCUUUCUGAAACUGUAUAAAUGCUUUUUUUUUCUAUUAAAUAUCCAUCAAUACUCUUCA